CCGUGUGCGCAUCUGAUUAAGUCAGCAAGUCUAGUCCAGUCUAGUGAGAAGGAAAUCCUGUGCUUUCAUUUCAAGUCCACACCUCAAGAGACUCCGGUGUCAUCACCAGCCGUUAGACCAUGGAUGGUUAUUUUUCUGGCCUGGUUUUGGCGGUGGGCGUGGCCUCGCUGCUGUCCUCAGUCCGGUGCGAUGUGAACUGCAAAGGGGCCGAGGGCCACUUAGGCCUGCCCGGAGGCCCCGGGAGAGACGGGUGGCCCGGAGAAAAGGGACAGAAAGGAGAGCCUGCCCAAAAGCCCGACGGUCCGGUGGACCAGAGACAGCUGCUGAAGCUGAAGGGGGAGAUGGGGAGCCAAGGGGCCCAGGGGCCCACCGGGCCCAAAGGGUACCACGGGACGGUGGGAGUGGCGGGUUUGACCGGAGCGCCGGGUCCCAAGGGCCCAGACGGGAAAAGCACCAGCCUCGCCGGGGCGGCCUCCGGCUCUCAGACACUCGCAGCCUUCUCCGCCAUCAGGACCGACAGCAACUACCCUCAUUUUGCCCAGAAAGUGAAGUACCAGGAAACCGUGGUCAGCAAUCCAAACUUCGACCAGGCCACAGGUGAAUUCACCUGCAGUACGCCUGGCUAUUACUACUUCAACUUCCACUCCGUUGCCAAGGUCAGCAUGUGCCUGGCCAUAGGCAGCGAGGCCCUGAGGAGACCUCUGGUGUUCUGCGAUUUUAACCGGGCGCGGCUCUACGACCAGGUGCUGUCCGGGGGGGCCGUGCUGCAGCUGGCCGCGGGGGAAAAGGUGUGGCUGGAGUCUGUGAACGCGGGUCAGGUGGGCCAGGACUCAUCGGACACCCGGGAGAAGAGGGUCAUCUUCAACGGGUUCCUGCUCUUCUCAAACCCCGACCUUAAAUGCAAACAAAAGACCAAACAUUUAAGGCAAACCGAAGAGCAACCUGAAGAAGGGGCUCCAGAGCUCAUAGAUCAGGAGAAGGAGGUGGAUCCUGAAGUGAUGGAGGAAAGUGAACCGGAACCAAGAUCUGGGGAACUGGAAAUUAUUCAAGAAGAUGUGACUGAAAAGACUGAGAAGAAACUGGAUGAGCAGGAAACCAAAGAACCAGCAACAGAAGAAGAGCAACUCCAGACACCAGAGGGAGUCAUCGAGGUGGAAGACGGACCAAGAGCAGAGGCAGAUGGUGAAAGGAUCUCAGACGACUACUUCACAGUUAGUCCUUCCUCAACGAGCCUCGUGGUACCGGACCCACCAGAUGCAGAGGAGCCCAGAGCUGAGCGGGUUUCCCUGUGGAGGCGAUUCAAGAAGUUCAUGACGCCUAAACACCUGCGCCAAUACAAAGACAGACGAAUCAGGAGAUAA